CUCGCACUCGCGCUGCGUCUCGUCUGAUCACCAUCUCGCCCAUCUCUCUCGCUCUCCGCAUUUACUCGUCCAUCUUCAGCACGCCCAGCAUGCGCUUUUCCCUCCUCGCUCUCCUCCCCGCCCUCGCCAUCCCCGUAUCGGCCGGCAUCGCGGACGAAGCUCUGGGCCUCGUCGCCGACGUCCUCGGCGGCAACGUCCAGUUCCCGACUGACGGCCCCGUGUACACCUUUGACUCGUGGCGCUACGUUGACUGCGGCCUCCCCACAGACCCGCUCCAAAUCGAGAGCAUCGAGCUCACGCCCGACCCGCCCAAGCCGGGCAAGGCGCUCGAAGUCAAGGUCAAGGCUUCGGCUAUUGAGAAGAUUGAGGAAGGCGCGUACGCCGACGUGACGGUCAAGCUCGGCUUGAUCAAGUUGCUCCAGAAGCAGUUUGACCUGUGCGAGGAGGCACGUAACGCCAACGCGAGCGUGCAGUGCCCUGUCGAGAAGGGCGACUACACUGUUGUGCAGAAGGUUGACCUCCCCAAGGAGAUCCCCAAGGCAAAGUUUGUAGUCAACGUCCGCGCGUACACCGCCGACGACGACGACCUGGCCUGCCUUGACCUUAUCGUCGACUUCAUGCAGCCAAAGAACUAAGAAAGACAGCUGUGUAGGCGGCUGGCUGCGGGGCGGCAUGGCAUCGAUGUGCACGUGAUCCGUACUGUGACUCUGACUAUGUGAGGAUAGAAGUAGACGACGGCGUGGUGAUAUCGUGAAGCGAGUGGAAUGCAUUUAGAUCGUGACGAGGAA